CCCAUUUGUUCAUUUGCCCCACUCUCCCUUUCUGCUUCAUCUUCUUCCUCUCUCACCAAAUGGGUCAUCUCGAUCUGCUUCCAUUUUUGCUAUAACCCCAAGGUUCUUUUUUUUUUUUUUUUUUUCUGUUGGGUUCUUUCGGUGGAGUGUUCUGGGGUUUGAAGAAGAAGAAGAAGUAAAAAUACGAGGAUGUUUUCUAGAUUGAUACAUCCCCAUGAAGGGACUGUUGUUGGGCAGGAAGACAUGCAGGGUGGUUCGAAUCAUAGUCACCUCGGAGACCCGUGUCUUGUUUUGACUUCUGAUCCAAAACCUCGCCUUCGUUGGACCUCUGACCUUCAUGAACGUUUUGUUGAUGCUGUCACUCAACUUGGGGGUCCUAGUAAAGCCACACCAAAAGCAAUCAUGAGGACUAUGAAUGUGAAGGGUUUAACACUCUAUCAUUUAAAGAGUCAUCUUCAGAAGUACAGACUUGGUAAGCAAUCAGGAAAAGAUUCUGACGAGGGAUGCAAAGAUGGAAUAUCAGCUUCAUAUCCACUAGAAAACCCUGGUACUGAUAACUCAUCUCCAAGGUUACCAGCUUCUGAUGCAAAUGAGGGUCAUGAAGUCAAGGAGGCACUAAGAGAACAGAUGGAAGUGCAAAGCAAACUACAUUUACUAGUGGAGGCAGAGAAGCAUUUGCAAAUUCGCCAGGAUGCAGAGCGGAGAUAUAUGGCCAUGCUUGAGAGAGCUUGUAAGAUGUUGGCGGAUCAAUUUAUUGGUGAUACAAUUAUAGACACAGACAACCAAAAAUUUCAAGGACUGGAAAGUAAAGCAUCAAGAAGUUUGUUAGUUGAUCCUCUUGGCUGUUGCCCCCUACCAUAUACUGAGGUUGGUGGAAUGCAUGUUUCAGAAGUACCACCUAUUUUCCAGCCUCAAGGGGCUGAUUGUUCCACCGAAAGUUGCCUAACAUCACUUGAAAGUCUCGGAGGGUUGACAUUGGAAGGAUCUCCUGGCGGGUCAAAGAAGAGGAUACUCAGCUUGGACUCAAUGGUAGCACCUUUGUUCUGGAGUGAAACCAACAUGAGAACUCAAGGCAUCCAUUUAACCCAGGUCCAUCCUCAAGGAAUAACUAGGUAUGGCAUGUAGGUAGAUAAGGUUAAACCCGAUAGUUCCUCAUGACAUGAUAAAGAGAGGAGACAUUAUGCUUCAUUCGUAUCGUGGUUUUUAGGAUUAAGUACUGAAAUUCUUAUCUGUUCUUGUCUAAGAAGUUGGUGAGAACAGAGCUGGAAUCAACUGGUCUCGUUGUGUAAAUUGAAAAUACUGUGUCUUAACUUGCAACAUUACAAAAAGCUGGCGCUGACCAUUUAUUA